AUGUCGUCAAAAAAGCUGCUUCUGCUGGGAGGCACCGGCUUUGUGGGGACGCGCGUGCUCUGUAAGGCGCUGCAGCGUGGCUGGAAAGUCAUCUGCGCCUCCCGCGGCGGACUGCCCCCGGUGGGGUCCCCGCUUCUGGACGAGGCGGUGCUGCGGCACCACCACCCGCCAGAGCGGGGCCCCGCGAACGCCGCCGAGGACAACACCGCAGGGCACAUCACGACCUUCCAGAGCCCCCUGGAGUUUGUCUCGCUCGACGCCACGAGCCGGGCGCAGGUCUUCCACUUUCUGGAGGACCACCCUGACGCCACGGCCGUGGUGAGCUGCAUUGGGCGCUUGACGCGCGACCACGUUGAGGCUCGACGCAUCUGCGGGGACGCCAACAUCAACAUUGCCGCUGCCCUGUAUGAGCGUGGCAAAGGGGUGCGGCGGGUGGUGCUGGUCUCGGCAGCGCCGCUCCACGAGUCCCUCCCUUUCCUCGGCAGCAGUUGGCUGCUAAAGGGAUACUUUUACGGUAAAAAAAUUGCGGAGCGGGCGAUGCUGGAAAACCUAGGCGACCGGGCGGUGGUGCUUCGCCCCGGCUUAAUCCACGGCACGCGCUACGUGCAGCUGGGCGAGGGAUUCAUCCCGCUGCCGCUCUGGCUGCUGGGGCACCCACUGGAGGCCGCCCUGCGACCGCUGCACCGCGGCGGGUUGCUGCUGCCGCCGGUGGACGUCGACGUCGUGGCGGAGACGGCGGUGCGCGCGAUUGCGGGGGAGACCCCCGUGGGGGUGUUGGACUACUACAAGAUGCGGGAGCUCUGCGCGGAGCGGCUCCCGCAGGAAACCCCGGCAACAAAACAGAAUUAG